AUGGCGGUCUUAUCUAGUAGCCGUGCCUUAAAAUUACUAUGUGCAACUUUUUUAUUACUAUUUUCCUAUUUGAGGUUCUGUGGGUCUAUCCAACUUGAGGGUAAAGACCUUGAACACGCUAAGAUCAUGGUGCUCAUGGCAGAUGAUAUAAUACGAGGGACAUUUCGGAAGGCAGACGAAGUGGAAUUUGUGAAACAGGAUUAUCAACACACCGCUCCGUUUGAGAUUGGGUUUCUGAUGGUUAUGCUGUUCGAGAAAUACAGACUAAUGGUGGAUAAAUAUAACACAACUCACACUAUGAAAAAAAAUUAUUACACCAUGGAACAUCUUAUGUUCCUUGAGGAUAUAGAAAACCACUACUGGGAAGUCGAACAUCUUGUGAACAUGCUACAUGAGAUAGAAAAUAAAUACGGAAUCAACAGCACUUUGGACGAACCAUACGUAGAAGAAUUGACUUCAGAAGAAAAGAAAGAAUUAGAAAAAAAGAAGGACAAGAAGAAAAAAGGAGCUAUGGAUGAAAGUGAAAAAGGCGGUAAAGGCGGUAAAGGCGGUAAAGGCGGUGAAGGCGGUAAAGGCGGUAAAGGCCAAGAUAAAAAGGAUGGAAAAAAAGGCGGUGCCCCGGAAUUAACAUCAGCCGAGAGGAAGCUAGGAUUAAACCCUCAUAAUAUUAAACCACCCUUGCCAGCCGGUAAAAGUGGCAAGAAAAAGAAAGGUUUUAGAAUGAAGGAAUAUCUUUAUCACAAAUUUAAUCCUACUACUACUAAGAAGAGAAUGAAAUUAUGGCCGAUAGAUUAUGGUUGGGAAAUCAACUAUAGGUGGUAACCAUCUGUAGAUAAAUAAAACUGAAUAUCGUA